AUGGGGAACGGAUUUGUUAAUCUGAAAAAUAGGAGCUUUAUGGUGGAUGAUGGUUCUCAAGCUAAUAGUUCAUUUGUUUUGAAUCUCCCUGUGACUGAUGUUACGAGUUAUGAAGCAGACAGAAAGGCUGUUGAGAGUGCUGAGCACCGGAUUUCUAAACUGAAAGCCAGAGGCUAUGGUGAUUCUCUGAAAGAGAGAGGCCGUGCUUUACUGCGAAGCUUGUUUCCUUUUUCUUUUUCGUUUUGGAAACAAGAUGAAGAACCAUUGUUAUUUCAGGAUGUACGGCGUGAAGCAUUUCUGCCUCUUUCUAGAGAGGAGGAAACAGUGGUCAAGCGUGCAUUCUCGGCUUAUGACUCGACCAUCUUGGUUGCACAUGAGAACUCGAAUAUUGACAUUACAGGGAAAAUCCUGAGGUGUCUUAAACCAGGUGAAUGGUUGAACGAUGAGGUCAUUAAUCUUUAUAUGGUAUUGCUGAAAGAAAGGGAAGCUAGAGAACCAAAGAAGUUUCUAAAAUGUCAUUUUUUCAAUACAUUUUUCUUCACUAAGUUAGUUAAUUCGGGGACUGGAUACAACUACGGCGCAGUCAGGAGAUGGACUUCAAUGAAGAGGUUGGGCUACUAUCUCAAAGACUGUGACAAGAUAUUUAUCCCUAUCCAUAUGAACAUCCACUGGACUUUGGCUGUAAUAAAUAUAAAGGACCGGAAAUUCCAGUAUCUUGACUCAUUCAAAGGAAGGGAGCCUAAAAUCCUCGAUGCACUGGCUAGAUAUUUUGUGGAUGAAGUUAAUGACAAGAGUAAAGUAGACCUUGAUGUAAGUGGAUGGAGACAAGAAUUUGUCCAGGACCUUCCAAUGCAGAGAAAUGGAUACGAUUGUGGAAUGUUUAUGCUGAAAUACAUAGACUUCUACAGCAGAGGUCUGGAUCUU